AUGAAACGUAUAAAAAGAUUUUUGGAUAAAAAUCGAUUUAGUAAAGGUUCAGCUGGAAACAAGAUGACAACUUUAGUAGUUCUUUUUGCCUGUUGCUUUAUUGGGAUCGCAGUUGUACUCAUUUACGAAAUAUUUCAGGCCCGGACUGACAUCGAAAUAAAGAAAUGGUUCAUUCAACAAGCGCUCGAUUGUACCAAGGAACAUUCUGCCACUAGUGAAGAGAUACAAAUGAUAAAGGAACACAAAAUUCCUAACAGCAAUAAUGCCAAAUGUCUUAUAGCUUGCAUGUUUAAAAAACUGGAUUGGAUUGACGAGAAAGGAAUGUUUAGUGAUAAAAAUGCAUACAAGUGGUCUGAAAAUGAAUACCCAAGCGAUCACGACAAGUUGGAGAACGCAAAGAAAUUGUACGAACUUUGUAUGAAAGAACUAUUUUGUUUAAGUCAACGAAAAAUCUCUAACGAUAAAGAAGGAUGCGAGAGAUCAGCUCUAUUAGCUACGUGCUUGACUGAACACGCCCCCAAAAUGGGAUUUUUCUUGUAACGACCAGAUUCUUCAUAUAUUAUACUUUACAUUUUAUAAUUUUUUUUACUACAAAACUACAUGUGAAA